CAAAGGCAUAAGAGCCCCCUGAAGAAAACAUCGCCUGAAAAGAUUCCUGAAACUAAAACAAAGGCUUCUAUGUUAAGAGAAAAAUGGGUCAUCAAUCCAGAAGAGGCAAAACUCGACAUUUUAUGCCAGCUGGAGUUCCAGGAAGACUUCGCCAGCCUCGAGGAGCCCCCGCUGAGAACCCUGCCCAGCGUCGGCCCCCCGCGCAUCCUGGCCUUCAGGCCCGAGCUGGGCUUCCUGGGCCCCAAAGCCAAGGAGGAAGACGAGGAGCUGGAGCUGGAGUGUGAGUUUUGUGGGGGAAAUCUGAAGGCCCUUUUCACCACGGUGGACACGAACCUUGACACAACCAGCCUGGAACCAGUGAAAAGUAGCGCCUGUUGUGGCUAUUUCCGAAGUCUCCUCGACUACAUCUUCGAAGACCAGAAGACCCCGGAACUGAAGCUAAUAGCCAUCGGCCCCCACGCAGCUCACGGCACGGAAGUCGAGAGAAUCAGAGCAAAGGAAAAAGCUUUGCGGAGGAAAGUGGAGCAACAAUUUGCCAGGCAGUAUGCGAUGAUAGUGAAAGCUGACCAGCAUGCCGCAGCGGACGAAGACACCAGACAUGCUAAAAUUUCAUACCAGCUUUCUAUGGAUAGUCAAGUGAAGAAGAAAGAAGAGGAAAGUCUAUGUGAUCAACUACUAAAGAAAAAAAUUAUAUCCAUUGUGUGUUGUGAUACUGUCAUAGCAGGUGGAAAGACCUUGAGUGACGAGUUCUUGGGGAGAAACUACAAACACGGAAGCAAGUUUCUGACUUUCUUUCCUGACGGCACAAUGCAAAUCUUCUACCCAUCGGGAAACCUUGCCAUCAUUCGAGUACCCAGCAAGAACAGUGGUUUCACUUGCAUCAUCCAAGAAGACGCGUUCACUGACCCCGCCAUCCUGGCUGUGCUGGCUUGUGGAAGAAUCACCUGCUAUCACCCCAAUGGAAAUGUCUGGGUGUGCACCAACCUCCUGGGCGGCCAGUACUCGGACCCCUUGGGCAACAGGCUGCGGGUGUGGAGCUGGGCCACGCCCCUGGCCCCUGUGCCCUUCGCGUCCUUCAAGCCCGUCUUCCUGGCCCUGAACCACCACGUGGGCGUCCGCAUCCUGGAGCAGGACAACAUCGCCGUCACCUUCCUGGCCAUGGGCCAGCAGGCGCGGAUCAGCGUCGGGACCAGAGUGGAGCUCCUGGCGCCCAAGGCGCUCCCGCCCCUGCACGGGCUGAGUGACGAUGACCUCCUGCUGCUGGCCGUGUCCAUCAGGGUGAGACGCCUCUUCCACAAGCUGCAGGGGUGCAGCAGCUUCCCCUCCAGCCUCGUCUGGGAGAAACAGAGGCCGCCACUUUACCUGUCCUCCCUCUCCCUCCGCCUGCUCGCCCUCUGCCACAACCUGGGCGUCGCCGAGGAGACCGUGAAGACGAUCACAGCUAUAAUAAACGAAGACAUUUAA